AUGGCUCCGCGUCCCGACCUUGGAGCGCCGCUUGCCGAAUGGGCGGCCGCAGAGAUUCGCGAGAGCCUCGAGGACGUGCUGCACUGCCGCCGCCAGCUCCAGGAGUCCGUCAGCGGCAACGCUGAGCAGGACGUCUCGGCAUCCCCCAUCAAGGCGGGGAUCAAGCGCGAGGGUGACUCCUCCACCGCCUCUGAGCACAUUGCCAAGGCCGCGCGCACCCCCGACGGCCGCAGCGUGACGUCGCCGUCGCCGUCGUCGGCGCACACGGACAGUUUCACCGAGGCUGCCGUCACCUCAAGCGUGUCUGACAUCCUCAGUAACCUCAAGGAGGAGAUGGUGACGCUCAAGGAGAAGCAGGACGGGGAGCUCGCCGCUCUUCAGGAGCGUGUGACGGCACUUGAGCAGAAGCAGGAGAUUCAGAAUGCCUCGAACGAGUUCCUGCAGACUCGUCGCGCGCUCAACGAUGCGUACAAUGCAUACUUGUUGCUCGGCGGGUACAUCUACGACGACCAGGCGCAAGAGGCUCAAGAAGCUCCAGCGGCACUCAUUGAGCGCAUCGACGCUGCCAAUGAUCGCAUCUGCGCCGCACAGAGGGACUUGCAAGGUGCCGAUGCUGGUAACGCCGUCAAGCAGAGUGCUUCGCCCCCACCCUCCUCCAGACAAGGCAUCAAGCGUCAGGGUGAUCCUGCCACUGCCACGGCCUCCGCCUCCUCUGUCAAGAUUGCCCGCACCGCAGAUGGCACCGACGCCGCUUCGUCAUUGUCGCGCACAGACCAGCCUGUUCCGGUUGCGUCUGGUACCAUCAAUGAAUCGGAGACGGUGGCGAGGAAGCUCGCUGCGCUCUACAAGCAGUACUACGAUGCGAAGGCCGCUCUCAAUGAGCGUAUCACGGCGCUCGAGGAGUCAGAGUAA